UUCUGCGCAUGUAUGCCUCUCCAUUCUCUCCUCAGAAAAACCCAUAAAACCACUCUCUCUCUCUCUAGAAACCAAAAAAGUUAAAGCAAACCAUAACGAUGAGAGAGAAACAAACACCCAAAAAGAAAUUGUCGGAGAGAAAUAAAAAAGAUUGUGACUUUGAUGAUUAUUGUUGAACAUGGAGUUACAGAGAAGAAAAAAAUAUAUACUUUUCUUGAAUACCAAGCUUUUUUUAUUUGCAUUUGGGUCCACCUUCAAUUCUUAACCCAACUGUCAAGUAUUCUUCUUCUUCUUCCUUGAGAUACUUUUUUUACAGUCUUUAAUGUCUGCCCAUUUCAAAGGGUCGGUGAGAAUUUCUCACUUUUUAGUUGUCAAAAGUUAGAUAGAUACCCACUUACCAAAAUUAAAUAAAGAGCCUAUUUUUACCUUAUUUCAUUGAAAUUUGAUCUGUUUUUAUAUAGUUUUGGAGGGUUUUAUCAAUUGGAGAAAAUCUAGGGGUCUGUUGCUUAAUCUAUAUUUGUUGGUUUGAUGAAUGUGUUGAGAAAAGGCUGGCUGGCUGGUUGGUUUUCAUUGCUAAUUUAGAUGCAACUGAGCUUGUUGCUGUUAUUUGGCAGUUUUUGGGAUAGAAAUAUAAAAAAAAAGUCAUCAUUUUUGCAUCAGUUUUGACAUUAUUACAAGGCCAAGAUCAUGCUUUUUCUGGAUUUGAUGUCAACUAGUUGGCUAUUUAUUGUUGUAUAAUAGUCUAAUUGGUGGCAAAAGUUUUUCUUUUGAUUGGUUAAAUUCUGAGUCCUGAUCCACUUUUGAGCUUCAAAGGCAAGGAUUUUAUUUGGUGUAAGGGAAGAUCAAGAUCAAAUUAUCUAUGUAAAGUUUGUUUUUGAACAAGUGAGAAACUUCAGGGACUGGUUAAGAAUUAUUGUGGAUAAUGUUUGCUGAGUGGUUUGAGUUGAGGUUGAUGUUUAUUUGAGGAAGCUUCAGUUCUUGAAUUUGGAAGUUUUGGUUUUAGCAAAUCCAGCUGCAUUGUUGUUCUUGUUCUUAUCAAUCUUGAGGGAACAAAAAACUGUGUUUAUUUGAAGUACAGUUGGGACUUGGAUGCAAGUGGGAAUCAGAUCUUACUUUGAGAGGCUGUAAUAGUUUGGAUUAGAUCAUCACACUCAAUUGUUUGAUCUCACUUUUCUUGUGUCAUCUAGAACCUUGGUCGUCGGCGACGACUUCGGAUUCGAUUUCAUUACCUUUUCUGGAAAUAGUUAUAUUUCAGGUGGGCAUACUAGUAAGAAAUUGAAAUGAAUAAAGCAUAGUUUAGUAAAAGGAGCAGCUCAAACUUUCACCAUGGCAAAGAAAUCUCAGAAACGCUCUGUGCGACAAGAGAGAGGCCAAUCUGGCUGCAUGUGGGGUUUCAUUAGUAUGUUUGACUUCCGCCAUGGUCGAUCAACACAUAAGCUGCUUUCAGAUAAGAGACGUGGGACCAGGCAUAUUGCUGCUGCUGGACUUGCAACAGAUAAGACUGAAAUGUUGAUCAAUCUUGAUGAAAAUUCUGAAGGCACUGUUGAUAGUGAAGAAAUAAUGACUGUGGCAGCUGAUGCUAGUAAGCUAAGUGUGAAGAAGCUUAUGGAAGACGAGAUGUUCUGUGAGAAAGACUCAAAGAAGGUGAUGCAUUGUGCUAAAGUGGAAUCUAAUCAGUCACAAUCAGAACAUGGAGGUCAAAAAAGGAAAAACCGCAAAAGAACAAAUAGGAGUCGCACAAAAAGUUGUGAGAUAUAUACAGAAAAUUUGGAUGCUGCCAGGGAGGAAUGUGAAAAGCCUUGCCUUCAGUGUUUAGAAAAGCAAUCUGCUAGUUGUCUUGACAUAGAUGAUAUGAUGGAAGACUUCUGCCGUCAGAUCCAUAACAGUAGUGGCUUAGAACAAGACCACCAUGGUGAUGUUCGCAACCAGUCAGAGCAUAAAAAUCCCGAGUUUCAAGAGAAAUUGAGAGUGGCAAUCAAAAUUUUUAUAAGACAGAGGCUUAUCAACGGGAAACGUGAUAGUGGUGAGGGGUACAUCCACCCUUCAAGAGAGCUCAAGGAUGCACUAAAGAACUUAACUUCUGAUGAGGAAUUAUCUUUGGAAAUCUUGCAUGAUCUAAAGUCCGGAAUGGUGAAGUAUGUUGAAGACUUAUUGAAUGCUCAGGUAGAGAAAGAUGAAGUUUCAUCUAACUUGUCAAAUCAGGAGGUUCAUAACUCAAAUCAGAAUGAUGAGGUUGUCCGCAGUAAACAGCGGAAAUUUUUCAGGAGGAAGGCCAAAACUCCUGAAAAAACUUCAUCCGACGAAAGUAAUGCUUCUCAAGCUCUGAAUAGGAUUGUAAUUUUAAAGCCUGGACCUACAGGUGUGGAAAAGCCUGAAAGUGAAGGAACUGUUGAGCCGUCACCAAAGACUCUACCUCUGGUUAGAAAUAAGGGACCAGAUGAAAGAGCCGGUGCCCACUUUUUUUUCUCUGAAAUUAAAAGAAAGCUAAUCAAAGCUAUGGGGAAAGAGCAACAAGAAGUGGCUUAUAAUGGUACUUCCAAGAUACUUUCUAACAAGCAUCGGGCGAAGGCAGAUACAGACAAAAGAUAUAAAGAGAAUAUUGGCAGAAAGUCUUUAAAUAAAGACCACUUCUUCAUUGAAAAAAUGGCAAGGCCUUCUGCAGGUGUCAAAAAGGGUGAGAAGACCGACAAGUUGAAAGAUUGUGAAAAUGAUCCUAAGCAAAGAGUAUCUAAUAUUUAUGUUGAAGCCAAGAAACAUCUUUCUGAGAUGCUCACUACUGGGAGUUCGGAUGUGGAUUUUUCAAGCAGACAGGUUCCAAAAACACUUGGGAAGAUACUCUCUCUUCCUCCUGAGUACAAUUUUUCUCCUCUUGGCAGUCCUGAAAGAGUAUGGGAGCAAAAUUUUGUCACUGCACAGAUGAUACUCUCUGCCAAUGACAGGUUUCAGAAACAAGAAAACAAUGUCAGCCCUCUUAGUCGUAUGACGUUAAACUCAGAGACUGAUAUUUGUGUUUCUGAUGAAAGUGCUAAUUCUAAGGCAGAAGUUGCUUUGGAUCCAAAUGCUAGUGGCUCAACUGAAGUUGUCCAAGACAUUGAACUGGAGAAAAUUUCGUGUUCCAUCGACGAUGGGAUGGCAUCAGAAGGUGAUGUGGAAAUUGUAAAAGCAUAUGAAAUUGAAGUCCAGGAAGAAAUUGAUGUCCCGGAAUCUCUUUUUGAACUGAGCGAGUCUUCUGCGAGCAGAGAUGACCAAAAUUGUGGAUUGUCCGAAGCUUCCGAUGUGAAAGACUGUUACAAAAUCUUGAAACUUGAAUCACUAGAAGAAAUCGAAUCUCUAUGCUCUUUAUCACCAUCUCCAUCCUUCUCAUCAAUCACGAAGAAGGAUGAUGAUCUGGAGGGUUCUGCAGAGGUGACAGACCGGCCAAGUCCUGUAUCUGUUCUCGAGCCACUUUUCAUAGAGGAUGACAUCAGCCCAACAAGCACCAGAUCUAAACCUGCUGAGGUCCCUUUGCAACCUAUAAGAAUUCAGUUUGAAGAGAUUGGUUCUUUAUCUGAAGAUUUCGGAACUCAUUUAAAAGCUUUUAUACAAGACAAGGAAUCAGUACUCGAGUACAUAAAAGAAGUUCUAGAAACCUCUGAAGUGGACUGGGAUGAAUUCUAUACCAUGUCCAAUUCCUCAGACCCAAUUCUCGACCCAUCAGUAUGUGACGAGGUGCGAUUCUUUCCCAACCAGCUUUGCUACGACAAAAAGCUUCUUUUUGAUUGUAUUAAUGAGGUUCUUAUGGAGGUAUAUGGUCGAUAUUUUGGUUGCCCUCUCGGGUUGUCAUUUGGGAAACCUAUUGUCCGACGUGGUCCGGAUGUGAAAAACGCUAUACACGAGGUUUGGGAAGGAGUGUAUUGGUAUCUCCUCCCCUUGCCACUGCCUCGUACGCUAGAGCAGAUUGUCAAGAAAGACAUGGCUAAAACUGGAUCAUGGAUGGACCUUCGAUGGGAUAGUGAAAGUAUGGUCAUUGAGAUCGGUGAAUCCAUUUUCGAGGAGCUGAUAGAAGAAACCAUGUCGAAUUGUGUAAAUGAAAGUUUGAAAGGUGGAAAUGACUUAACUCUUGUAGAGUUGAAGGAUGAGAGUAACAAUUGAUUUGUAAACGACUUUCUACGUAGUUUUUGUGUGGGAAGGAAAAGUAAGCAAGUCGUUGGUUGUGCGUCACAACAAUAAGCGCUACGUCGCAGCCGAGAGCUGCAUUUGACCCUUUCAAAGCGUCCUGGAUAUGACUUGAGGACUCGAACUGUUUCUAACUUUUCCAUCGAGAUCAUGUACAUAGAGAAAAUGUCCCACAUCGUAAAAGAUCGGAGAGCUACGAAACUGAAGGAUAGAAACUUGAGACAGCAAGUACUACUAAUAAAGAAAGACUAGUUGGUUUGAAGCAUAACUGGAUCAGCGCCUUGCACUCAGCUGACAACAAAAGUGCAAGUGCUCACGUUGUAGAGUUUGGUGUGUUGAUUGUGAUUGUAUUAGUUAGUUAAACUUGAGAUAGCUUGUGUGGUUUUUUUGGUCCUGAUUUCAUUAAUUAUUCUGUCAACUACUUAUUUUUGUGGGGUUUAUGCAGAAUAAGAGGGGUGAUUUUAUAGGAGUGCUAAUGAUUGUUGUGUUCGUAUUAAUGAAUAAUAAGUUCAUACAACAUGUGGAAUAUAUUACAUCUCUUUACUCA